AUGAAGCUUCUUGCCAUCACCACCUGCAUUGCUGCCUUCGCCGCCUCCGUCCAAGCUGGAAGUCUCCGAAGGCGUGUCCGAAAGUCGCUCGAGGUUGAAUCGAACAACAACAACAACAACAACAACAAUGAACUCAUCAAUGCUGUUUCGGGCUUUAUUGACUUGAAUCAAGAUGGCGCAUUCUUGCAAGACGAGACCAAUCGAUUCCUUCAAAUGUCCAUGUCUAUGCCCAUGCCCACGCCUGCACCCACCAUUGACGAACGUGGACCUCAAAUUGAAGCCAAAUGCAGUCAAUCGGCUUCGGAACGCAGCAGGGAUAUUCUUUCCAUUCUCACUCCCUUGUCCGAAGAAGAUUCCUUGUUGAUUGGCAAUACCCUUCAAUUCCAAGCCCGUAUGUGGGUCGACGAAAUGGAUCCUGCCAUUAUCUGUGCGUCUGAUGCCGAUCGUAUCAUGCAACGGUACCGUGCGGCUCUUGUGUAUUACUCACUAGGAGGAGAUUCGUCUUGGACUACCAGUACUGGUUGGUUGACUGGAUCCAACGAAUGCGAAUGGUUUGGACUCGAGUGCGAUGGUUACACUGCUGCCACUGACAGCGACUCGUACGUUCCCAUUACGGCGGUUCGUUUGGACCAAAACGGCUUGACUGGGGAACUGCCAGCCGAACUCUUUGGACUACCAAGCUUGCAGCGAAUGAUCAUGGAGGGCAAUUCCAUUUCGGGAUCCAUUCCAGAAGGCAUUAGUCAGGCAACUCAACUGGCCACUUUGGAUCUGGACUUUAACAGUCUUUCCGGGGAAUUACCAGCUGGACUUUAUACACUUCCUGCCAUUACCAACAUUGACUUGAACAAUAACAACCUUACUGGAGGAAUCUCAGCUUCCGUUUCGAAUCUAAGUACUUUGAACGUCCUCAACUUGGAAGACAAUGACCUUUCGGGUGCUAUUCCAAUCCUUUCCUUGUUGCAACUUGAAGAGCUCGCCGCCUUUUCCAUUCAAAACAAUGGUUUGACCGGAACUCUGGAACCCAUUUGCAACGUUCUCGAUGACAGAAGACAAAGCUUUCCAAGCUAUGGUGGAUUCUUGUUUGCGGAUUGUGGGGGUGAUGCUCCACCCGUUGCAUGCUCUUGUUGUACGUGCUUGGCGUAA